AUGGCGAUUUUCAUGCCACUCGAUAGCAAUUUCUCGCAUUUAAGCUUUCAUAAUAUUUUAAAAUUUCAAACGCCGACGCAACUUUUCCAACAAUUCGUAGCGAACAACAAAAGUGAAACAGAAAGCUUUGUGUCGAAAUCAAAUUUGUUUAGUGGUGGUUUUAAUGGUAAAGUUUUGAACACUCAACACAUAAUGACUGACGAUAAACAUAAACCCUUAGAUAUUCAACUUGAUGUCAUUAACCAUGCUGAUGACAGUUGUAAUAGCACUGACAGUGAUUUGUCAGUAGGACAAGAAAAAAUUGAUGAUGAUAAAUCAAAUUUCGAUCAAACAGAGUCGGAAAUUAUUGACAAUCAAUUGUCAAAUAAUAUGAUGGAGCAAGACGAUGAUAAUUCGUCAAAUGCAUCAUCAUCAAAGCAUAUAAAUAUAUCAUCAUCACGCUUAUGCAAUACUCAAAAUCCAAAAUUAUUGACUGAAUCUACAAUUCAAACGUCAAUAAUGCGUCCAAAUCCGUCACGGUUACAUGAAGAAAUUUUCCGAAAUUCUCAGAUAUAUGCUGAAGAGCUUGUUAAACAACAGCUUGCAGCUGCGGCACGUCUUCAAAGUAUAUCAGCGUCUAAGAAUUAUCCUCAUAUUGGAUCUUCCGUUUUUGACGAAAAACAGCGACUUUCGCUCUUAAACUCAAAUAACGAAGAGAUAGAUCCGUCGCUGGUAUCAAAAUUAAAUUUGCCACCAAGUGUUUUUGUACCGAAAAUUAUGGAAACGAAUCAAAAUGGAAACAAUUUAUUUUGCAAUAGUAAAAGUGCCAUAAAUUUUCAAAACAUUCAUUCUCACCUCAGUGCGAUAUCUCAGAUAACAAAUAACUUAACAAAUAGCAUCAAAAAAGACGACAGUACCAGUUUAAGUAGUUUAUCACGUGAAAGUUCACAAUCUCCUUCAAGUUUUCAACAUUUAAAACAGCAGCAUCAUCAUCAAAAUAUGAUAUUUCAUACACAACAAAAUCAACUUCAUGAGCGCAACCUGAAGUUCAGUAUUGACAAUAUCUUGAAGGCUGACUUUGGUCGACGAAUAACCGAACCGCUACUGAGAUCAUCAAAGUCUAGAAAAGCAUUAAGAGAUGGAAAACAAGAUAAAGAAAUGUUCAAGAAGUUCAAUGCACCUGCGGCUUCAAAGGACUCUUUCGGACGUUCUCCUGAUGACAAUCAUAGAAUAUCAGAGAACUCACAUUCCAGUCAUUCACCCUCGAUGACAGAACAAAGUAAAAGUGAAAGCAAUAAAGGAUCUAACAGUUCAAGUUCAGGAACUGUUUGGCCAGCCUGGGUAUUCUGUACUCGCUAUUCUGAUCGUCCAAGUUCUGGUAAGUGUUGA